AUGCUAGAGGGCCUGUUUCAAUCAGGUAGAUGUAGAGAUGCUCAAGAACUUUUUAAUGAGAUGCAAACUGUAGGAAUAAUUCCAAAUUUUCGAACUUAUAGUGUCUUAUUGGACGGGUUGUGCAAAAAUUGCCAUAUUUCUGAAGCAUUGUCAUUAUUUCACAUGGUGGAAAGGAACGGUUUAGAUCUUAAUGUUGUUAUGUACAAUAUUCUCAUUGAUACAUUCUGCAAAGAUAAAAAACUUGAUACUAAGAGGGCACUUUUUAGUAACCUUUCUUCCAAGGGAUUACAUCCUAAUGUUAAAACAUACACUAUGAUGAUACAAGGUCUUUGUGAAGAAUGCCUAUUGCAUGAAGCUAAAGAGUUGUUUGUUAAAAUGGAACAGAGUGGUCGUUUGCCAGAUGAUGUCACGUACAACACUAUUAUCUGA